AUGAGUCCCGUGUGGUUUCUGAUUCUGCACAUGCCUUUCCUAAGAGCUCAGGUGACUCCAGAACUACCAUCCGGAGUCACGGUGGAGGCCCUCAACAGCACCGAUCUUCCAACGAACUCCACCAACUCCUCCACCGACCCCUCCUGGUUCGGAGGGACGCCCUCGGAGGCUCCCACGGAGCCCGAGGACGACUGGACGCCGGCGGAGACCUUCCUCUACACGGGAGACCCGUCCACUCUGAAAACGGGCCGCUGCACGCGGGCCUACAGCACCGCCGGUCAGACGGGGGCCCUGCCGGGCAACUUCAACGGCCCCCUCCAGCCGGCGCUGGACGCGCUGGCCAACGCCGCCAACUUCCUCAACAUGAUCUUCCAGGCCAGCGACCUGCGGGAGAGCACGGUCCAGGAGGACAUGGAGUGGUACCACGCCCUGGUCCGAGCCCUCCUGGAGGCCGACGCGCUCGUCCAGAGGGCCCUGCUGACCUUCGACGCCGACCCCACGGCCCCGGCCCCGCAGCUGGUGCUCCGCGCCAGCCGGGACCCGGCCGCCCGCCCGCGGGCCAUCGUCCUGCAGGACCUGUCCAGGGCCUGGGACGCCCUCCACCCGCCGGCGCCGGCCCCGGACGACGGCUGGUUCCGGAGGUGGAAGUUCCCGGGGCCCGACCAGCGCGCGGCGGCCCUGUCCAAGCGGGUGCUCUUCAACGACCUCAACACCCUGGACACCCCCAAGUGGGGCCAGGGGGACAGCUACGUCACCAACCGCAGCGGCGUCCACUGGGCCAGCGCCCCCUAUCUGGACUGCAAGGAUGGACGCUUCGUCCCCGGCUGGGUGCUCACCCUGUCGACCUCCUUCUACGGACUCAAACCCGACCUGACUCCAGAGUUCAGAGGUGUGAUACGUGUGGACGUCAACAUUCAGGACAUCGACUUGGACCAGUGUAUGCCCGGAGACAACUGGUUUGCUGAUACUCACCAAUGCAAUCGCACCACCAUGGAGGUAGGCCAGUGGGAGAAAAUUCUUCCACAGUACUGUAAAUGUACGUUCCAGGCCGAGGCUUUCGGCUCGGUCAGUACUGCUGCCGCUGUAAACAAGGAUAUUACAAUCCUGAGAUAUCCUCUGAGGACAUGGAGGAUCCGGGCAUCUGGCCUCCUGCUCCUGGAGAUGAUCCUUUUUGGCUCUCUGCUCCUCUACUUCCCGGUGUUCAUUUUGUACUUCAAGCCAAGCACCUUCAGGUGUAUUCUGCUCCGCUGGGUUCGAAUGCUCGGUUUCUCCAUCGUCUACGGCACCAUCACACUGAAGAUGUACAGGGUGCUGAAGGUCUUCCUGUCGCGUACAGCCCAGCGAGUGCCCUACAUGUCCAGCCUCCACCUGCUGAGGAUUCUGGGGGUGAUGCUGAUGACGGCCAGCUGGUUCCUCUGCGCGUGGACGGUGGGCGUCCUGCAGAACCGCGACCGAAACAUCCCAGUGUUCGUCACGGCCACCACGUCCGACGGACAGGACUUCAGCCUGUGUUACGUGGACCGCUGGGACUACAUGAUGGCCGUGGCCGAGCUUCUCUUCCUGUGCUGGGGUAGCUCCCUGUGGACUGCAGUCAGGCCGGUCCCCUCUGCCUUCCACGAACCUCGCUACAUGGGCAUCGCCAUCCACAACGAGCUGCUGCUCUCCUCCAUGUUCCAUUUGUUCCGGUUUACCUUUCAGUCUCUCCAUCCUGACUGGAUGCUACUUCUCUCCUUCUUGCACACUCACGUCACUAUCACAGUGACACUGGCCCUGCUCUUUGUUCCAAAGUUUCUGCAUGUACAAAAGCCCAGGAGAGAGGAGAUAGCAGCAGAGGUCUAUGAGGAUGAAGUGGAUCUACGGCGCACCGGCUCCUGCCUCAACAACAGCUUUCGCUCUGCUUGGAGUGAGCGCAGUGUGGAACCGGAUGACUUCCGGGAUGAACUGAAGAAGUUAUACACCCAGUUAGAAGUCCACAAGACGAAGAAGAUGUCUGCAAACAACCCACAUCUGCCGAAGAAGCGCAGUUCUCGAUGUUCGCUGGGAAGAUCCAUCAUGAAACGCAUUGUUGAUAUCCCAGAAACGGUGAGCCGGCGGUGCAGCCGGGACGACAGAGAUGGAUCUUUUCGUAGUAAAUGUGGGAGUCAUUCCGACUCUUUCAGGAUAGUCCCAGAUACUUUUUCUAUCAAUUACAGAAGUUCAAUAAGAUCACCAUCGAUACGCAAGUCCCAAAGUGACCAUCACUAUAGUAGAGAAAGAGACUCUUCCCAGCGCGACUCAACAUUAAGGGCCAAUUCUGUAAAGAGAGCCUCCCAGAGAUCUGAGACAGAUUCUUUGGAUAUUCCUCCGGGUGUCUGUAAAUCUGCCAGUGCCCAGAAUCUGACAAUUGAUACCAAUCUUCUGCACCCUGAUCACACUCGACUACAUAAAUCUUGGAGCCUAAGCUCCUCUACCACCCAUUCAAUUGAGAACAUAGCAAAGAUCUCCAGAGCCAGCUCAAUGCGGUCAAGGCAGAGCAUGUCCAUAAGUGACCAGACACGGAGUGCUCUUCAGUCUGAGUCAUUUGAUAAGGCUGAGGUUUGUCCUUGGGAAGUGGGGCCAGAACAAUCAGGUGAAAAGAACAACAAGCAUGUGACAUACGCAAACUCUGAGGAUGGUGAGGAUAAGAGGCCAGCAUCUCCGCAGGCUCUCAUCUGCCCCUGGGACCACUUACCACCUGUUGAAAGUAAACCGACAGAGGAGAAAGAACCACAUGGUGACAUUGGGAUCACCAAAACACCAGUUACAGUGUCUGCAAGUGCACCAGGCUCCCCAAGGCCAAUGGUAAUGAAAGAUCAACGUGUUUUCUCCUUCCGCAAUACUACUAAUACUAAGUGGCUGUCUGUUAAAUCUUUUAUGGGUUCCGUCGAUGCAAAUAGCAAGUCCAGUAAGGAUGUAGUCUUGAAUAGAGAAGAUUCACAAAAAAGCCAGGAGAGCACUUCCACGACACCGAGGUCUGGAACAUCUAGUAGACGUCCAAGCAUGGACAGAAGGUCCCUGCAGAAAAUGAGUAUGUCGACAACUGAUGGAAAACCCGGCCUUGUAAAGCAAACUGCAGUUAGACUGUCCUCUGGGGAUUCGUCUGACAGAAGCCCUCGAAGGCUUGUGAUUAUGAAAUCUUCUGGCUACACCGGGGAUGCUGAUGAUUUACAAAAAGAUGGCCUCUUUGAUGGUGUAUUUUUAUCAAGGCAGAGCAGCAAGCGUAGCAGCAUAAGUUCUUGGGAUAAUGCAAGUAAUUCUAGAACUCCAUCAACUCGUAGAAGAGGUAGUAAUAGAAUAAGACCAGCAUCUAAUGUUUCUCCCUCAGAAGCAUAUCCGUGGGAUGGAUCUGGUCCUAAUCAACAAGGAGAAGGACCAAAGAAACAACAGAGCAUCAAAGUAGAUGUCAGUCACCAGGAAUCACAGGUAUCUGAACGAUCUAACGUAUGUCCAUGGGAAUCCCAUGAGCAAGGUAGUUCUCCAGGACAAGAAAGUGGUCUAAGCGAAGUGUGCCCUUGGGAAUCAAAGGAUAUUCUUAAAACUUCCCAAACUGCACUGUCCAAAGAUUUACAGACUCAACCAUCUUUGAAACAUGUAACAGAGGUAUGCCCAUGGGAGACCGUUGAAACCCCAAAAAUUUCAAUUCGACAGGACAGUGAACAUUCUAAUGUUUGUCCUUGGGAUAUCCAGGGCAAGGCUGAAGGCGUAUAUGAAAACAUAAAUCCUUCUGAGAACAAAGGAACUCUAACGGUGCCCCUGAGACAAGAAGCCAUCAGAUCUGCCGUUUAUCCUGGUACAUCCAUUGAAGUCAAGAGCAAUAAUCAACCCGACAGCUCAAGAUCACCUGCUAAGAAUCGAGCGGAGCAAGUGUCCAGGACAACAGAAGGCUGUCCUUUGGAUUUCCCUGUUACACCUAAAGUCAAGGAAGAUGUUUGCUCAUUGGAAGGUGGGAGGAAAGAAUCCCCUAAUACAUAUUCACAAAUGACAAUUAAGGUUGAUAUUUGUCCCUGGGAAACUGAAAAAGACACAGCAGAUGAUUCAGGAAAAGGUCCAUCACCAAUAAAAGCUGCCUCCAUACAGACUGAAGUGACAGAAAAAACUAAAGUAAAUGUGUGUCCCUGGGAAACAGAUAGCUCAGAAAAAACUGCAGACACUAAUAUACCUCAGGCACUGAAAACACCUCUUAAUGUUUGUCCAUGGGAGACAGAUGAACCAAAAGUUUUGAACCAGCAAGACAGCCCUCGGGCAGAUGUUUGUCCAUGGGACUCAGAUGAACCAAAAGUUUUGAAAAAGCAGGACAGCACUCGGGCAGAUGUUUGUCCAUGGGACUCGGGGGAACCAAAAGAGAGCACUCGGGCAGAUGUUUGUCCAUGGGACACAGAAGACACUAAUGCUGCAAACAAGCAAGAUGGCAUUGGGGAAGUCUCUUGUCCAAUAGAGGGGGGAGAACCUGGGGUUGCUGGAAAUAACGAAAGCAGUGGAGAUGACAGAGUUUACAUUUCUUACUGUGACAUAGAUGACACAGCGAACCAGGGCGUACUCGGAGUAGAGGAGAAUUCAGCAGACAUUAGCUCAGAGCAGACAGAUGAGUCUAAGGCAAACUUAGCCUUGGGUCGGCGGGAUGCUUUGUGUCCAUGGGACACUGAAAGGAGCAUGUGUGGUUCAUUCACAGACAGUACUUCAGAUGUCUUUACAUGGGAGCCUGAGAAUAUUCCUGAGGAAGAUGAGGACGAUGAUGCAGAGUGUGCCGCCGAGGCUCUUGUAUUCCCGCCUGAUUUGUGA